GUUCCUGACAAGUGUCAUGUCAUCGACAGUCCUUAACAUCCUCAAGGUCCUUAAAUAACGCAGUCCUGGCUCAAAAUGUGCUUUUUCUAACAAAUUGGCGCCGAUGUCGAUGAAAUAUAGAAAAAUUCUAAUAAAUGUCGACAAUUUACAAGUAGACUAAAAUUGUCUGAAAUUGUUAAACAGAAGUAGAGUUCACGUGUAAGUGAAACAUAACCAUUCAAUAUCUUUGACCAUUCUCGUUCAUAAUUAUAUCGAAUAUACAAAAUAAAUUGACCAACUAAUUUGAGAAAAAGUGAAAUCUAAUGAAGAUCAAUGUGGAUAUCAAAAGCCACCUGUGAGUUGAAAAGAUUUGAAUUUCUCAGAGCUUGGAAGUGAAAAACAAGUUUUUGGAAAAAUUUUGUUAGUGACGUUAUUUAACAACAAAUAUGGCGAUGAAUAAUGACGCUAGACUUGACAUGUACGAUGAUGAAUUGUACUCGAGAGAUGCUCACAAUGUCGAGGGUGAUAUGACAGUAGGACCAACGAGGCAAAAUGCGAAUAUUGGAGAGCCAGAAUUCAACACAUUAGAUGAGCCAAUUAGGGAUACAAUUCUUAGAGACGUGAGAGCAGUGGGAAAGAAAUUUUUUCAUGUGCUAUAUCCUAAAGAAAAAAAGAGUUUACUCAAAGAAUGGGAUCUUUGGGGACCACUAGUAUUAUGUACCUUCAUGGCAAUGAUCCUGCAAGGUUCCGCAGAGUCUGCGGAUUCAAACGACGGUGGGCCAGAAUUUGCCGAAGUCUUCGUCAUAGUGUGGAUUGGAUCCAUGAUAGUCACUUUAAAUAGUAAAUUAUUAGGCGGAAACAUAUCUUUCUUUCAGAGUGUGUGUGUUUUAGGAUACUGUUUACUACCGACAGCAAUUGCGUUGUUAAUAUGCAGAAUCAUUCUCAUAGCUGAGCAAAACGUAGGGCUCUUCAUCGCCAGAUUCAUCAUUUCGAUGACUGGAUUCGGAUGGGCGACAUAUGCGUCAAUGGCUUUUCUUGGAGACAGUCAACCGGAGGGAAGGAAGGCAUUAGCAGUUUAUCCCAUAUUCCUAUUCUACUUUAUAAUCUCAUGGCUGGUAAUUUCCCAUUCGACAUAAAAUUCCAAUCAGAAAGAGUGCAUGAACAUUUUUGUCCACAGGGGAAGUCUUAGCUUUCACCUUUGAGGGAAUCACGAUCUAUUGUGUAACUUUUCUUGUCUCAUUGUCAUAUUUGUAUAUAAGGUGAUCUUCAGAUCGACAUAAUGAUCCAAAAAUGAGAAUGUGUAAAAUGUGAUCUAUGUCAGUAAUUUUCUCGUCAACUUAUCGUUCGUUUUUUUUAUGAAUACUUAGUAUCAAGAAUUUCCAUUAAUUUUUAGUAAAGCUAAGACUUUGAUACAGCAAUUUUUAUUCAGAGUUGUACUCAUCUUGUACUAUUUCUCCAUUUUUAUACACCAUUUACCAACGAGUGCAUUUUCUUGGCAUUGCAAGAUAUUUUAUAAUAGUAUGGUGAACUGCUCUACUUUUCACCAGAAAAGUAUUAAGAAUUAGAUUAUUUUUCAAGUUAUGAGUGGUAAGUUUUUUUCUCAUUAAAUUCAGAGUACAAACUGAUUAAGUUUUUUUCAUUUAUCAGUCUUGCUUUUUAGUUUCCAAGAAUGGCUGUGAAAAUAUAGGCCAUAUGCGAAGAAAAAAAACAUGAUAUGUUUAGAUUUUAGUUCGGGAUUUAAUAGAAAUGGCACAUUUGAAAUUCCACCGUACCAAAUUUUUGAGCGCUGGUUUAUUUUAUUCAUAUCAAUUCUAAAAGUGUACAUAAUAUUUGUGUAUAAAAUCAUAUGAAUUGAAUACCCCACAAUAAAGCACUAUUGGAAACAGAACAUAGUUUCUAAAAUUACGUCAUAGACUAAUACGCUGCAAAAGAUUCACUGUGAAUGUAUUUAU